AGUCCACGAAGUAUGGUAUGCCAUUUAUUUAGUCAUGGAUUCCCUCCAGCUGCAUGCAGUGGGAAAGACAGAGCAAAAUCUAGCAGUAAACUUGAAGCAUACAUUUCCCUCGUCUUUAGACUAAAAUGAACAAAAGCAAUAUUUACUUCAAAAGUAAGCAAGCUUUCUAACUUUUUAUAUGUUGGGAGUGAUGGUCUUUGUGAAUGCCAACAAUCAUUCCUCCCCUACAAAAAGCACAUCAUCAAGCACCCAUGAAAAAUUGCUUAAAAGCACCCAUGUGACCUCUUUAUAAAUCACGUAUGAAUUGGCCACUUCCAUUCUAUGAACAAACUACACAAAAUGGCCUCUUCUUGUAGCUACAUUCUCUUCAUCUUCAACUUCCUGCUUUUCCCAAUCUCAAUAAGCUCUUCCAAUGGUGACUUCCACAAUGAAUUGCUCGAAUCCAUAACCGUGUCGCGUAUGGAGAAAACGACCCAUCUCCAUUUCUACUUCCAGGAUGUGGUCAGUGGCAAUAAUCCCACUGCAGUGAAGAUAAUCGGAGACGGGUAUGGUUUUGGCACUACAUUCAUGAUGGACGAUGUGUUGACCCAGGGUCCAGAGCGUGAUUCCAAGGUCAUAGGGAGAGCUCAAGGGAUGUACUCAUCAGCAGCUCAGAACGACAUAGCAUUCUUGAUGAUUGUGACAUUUGUGUUCACUGAAGGGCUGUAUAAUGGAAGCAGCGUCAGCAUGCUUGGGAGGAACCAUGUGGUUGAUGAUGAGAGGGAAAUGCCGAUCGUCGGUGGGAGUGGGGUGUUCAGGUUUGCCAGGGGAUAUGCAUUGGCACACACUGUCUGGUUUGAUCCCAAGACCAGGGAUGCCUCUGUGGAAUACAAUGUGUCCGUCGUACACUUCUGAGAAAGACCAAUUUCUACAUAUGGCUGUUCUAACUCAGGUUGUUUGAUUUUGUGGUUUAAUUCUUGAGUUGUACUCUGUACGGACAGAACUUCGUUGUAGUAAGUUAAUUUCCAUUA